AUGAAGCGCACCGUGUUCACCACAACGACCACCCUCCCCGCGACCAUCCCUCGCGAAACCGUCAUCGACACACUACAUAAUCACCAGGAAAUGAUCGAGCUGAAUCCGCUGGUGAUCCGCUACUCCCGCUGCCAACCGACACCCUCCGCCCCGGACGAGGAACGCGCCUCCGACUGGACCUGGUACGAAUUGACGGACCGUAUCUCAUUCCUGCCCGGGAAACUGUUUUGGGGGAAAAUCAGCUACAAAGGAAGUUUCCGGGAUCUGCCCCGCGGGCUCCGGACACAUGUUUAUGCGCCGACGGGAGUGGAUAUUCGGGCUACUUGGAGUGUUGGGGGAAACAAAGAGGGGGAUGAGGGGGAGGCAGGCGAGGGAGGUCAGGCGGGCUCCGACGCGACAAAGAUGAAUGACGGUCUGAAUGGUGAAGGUCAAGGCUUGUACCUGCGCGAAGAGGUCGAUCUGCGAUGUCCAUUCUGGUCGGCUGGGUUUGUCAAGAAGACGAUGCGGCGGUCGCAUGGGGUCUUGGUGGAUCGGCUUAUUGGCAAGGCGGGUCAUGGAGGAUCAGAAGCACAACAACAGCAACCACAGCAACCACCAGCAUCUCCGGGAUUAGCGCCACCGCCAGAGAUCCGGAUUAAUGACGUCCCCGCGUCGGUCUCGAUGGAGCUGGCACGGCCGCGUCCUAGACGAAGAAAGCAGUCUGUUGCGGAACUCGAGUAG